AUGAAUGUCGUGAUCGUCGGAGGCCAGCACCAUGGCAAAUCGAGUUUUAUCAAUCAUGUUCACCGUUGCUGGAAGAACAACCUGAUGGCCAAUGACGAGAUGGAGUCUGCUCCUGCUGGCAUGGCAGAGAAUACGCAAGAGAUCUCGGCUCUGGAUCUUGACGAGAAGCUGUCCCUGAUCGACACGCCGGCCAUCCCCAAUAUGGGCAGCGAAAUGGCUGAUGCUUUCCGGUCUCUGCUCAACGCAGGUCACAGUUCAGGGACGCGGCGCCGACAGUUAGCUCAGGGGACAUUCAUGAGCAACUUCCGAAAACCACCCCAUGCAGCCAUCGUGGUUAUGUCGCUUUGCCAUUGGCGUGAUCAGCACGAGGAGAUGCAGGGCUACUUGAGCGCCAUGGCCAAGGAAUUGAAGAAUGCUUCUGGCGGAAGAGUUACCUUUCCCUUCGUCGUGACUGCCACCCAUCGUGACGAGUUCCUCCGUGACUCAAAAGCAUCAAGACCCCAUGAGGAAUUGAACAAGGUCCUCGAUGCUAUGAAGAGGGCCGCCAACACUGCCCACGUGUUUGCAGUAAGCAACUACCACAAAGACAGCAGCGCAAGUGCCGCUGUCAACAAGCAGACGUUCGAUCUCCUCUCGCAGCUCGUGACUCUAGCAAUUCGCCCAGACACAGGGGUGGUAGUUGCCCAGAGCCAGAAUCAGUAUCUUGCAGCUGCCUGCGCGGGUGUCAUUGUGCUAGCUGCGUUGUGUGCAUGCAAGUGGAGGCUGUGA